AUGAUCAAGGUACAUAAAUUCGACAUGCCUUCAUACACAACCUUGGAUGUCAACCCAGACUUUUCGUUGGAUGAUCAGGAUUGGUAUGCAGGCAUGGACGAGGACGAGGCAAGUAACGGUACUGUUGGUUCUCUUCCUAUUCCCGAACCAUUGCCGCCGCUCGUUCAGCUCGCCAUUGGAAAUGUGAGAAAUGCGCCCAUCAAUACACAAGUGGCGAUGGCAUGGGUGUUGAAGACCGAUGAGAGGCUGAUUGAAAGAUUCCAAAAACGUUCCGAUGAAGUGAAACAUAACAUUUGCAAGACAUGCCUUGGGCCGAACGUGAUGGUUGACGUCAAAGUGCUCCCCAACAAGGGAAUCUGCAUCAUAUGCAAAGAUCGCUAUGAUCGUCUAAAGUGGACACCAGACACCAUCGACGUCAGGUUGAAGGUUAGGACAAAAUAUUCGAUCAUAUGCAAAAAAUGUGCGGAGAAGAAAGAUGUCUGUCAGACUUGUCUCUUUGACAUGAAGUUUGGACUGCCUGUGGAGGUUCGUGAUAAAUUGUUGGCAAGAACCGACGGGGUGAUCCCCAGCAGCAUCGUCAAGCUAUUGCCUGAAGCUCCCGACUACCUUCUUGACGAUGAGGAGGUGAAGAAGAGGAAUGAGCGCAUGUCAAAAGCUGAGGGCGCAAGAAGAUUGAGUCACGGACCUGGAACACCUCUGCUCACCCUCCAGACACAAGGAGACGAGACACAACCUACCGACCUUCUCGAGCGACAAUCAUCCGAAAUCAUGGAUGAUCACGAGGACUCUUGCAAAACUCACAAGACGACCAAGAUAGCAGGUUAUCAAUUCGUUUGUGGAAAGAUUUCGAGACCAAACAAGUUGAAACAGCAGAAGAGCGAAGAUGCGAUCUCAGAGAAGAUAUCACUCUCGACGUUCAAAAAAGUCCAGGCACUCUUCAAGAAAAAAAGAUCUUGGCAAACUUUCUACCAGCAGAACAGAGCGAAGAUAUGCACGUUUUGGAUGCGAGGGGAGUGUGGCAAGGGAGUGUUCUGUGAGUUCCGGCACGAGAAGCCAACAGGCGGCGAGAUGGUCUCGAUGGGUCUGGUGCCGGGGGUCAGGGCUCCUUCGUCCUACGAUAGCAUCCGAGCUAGAUACAUGGGCACCGGGGGAGAUCCUGUCGGACUGGAGAUGACCAAGUUGCUCGUGGGGGAGGGAGACGACCUCCUCCAAGGCAGGGAAGAAGCGACGAGGGUGGAGAGAAGGUUGGGUCGCUGGUUUUGGCGAGGUGUAACCAGAGGCGAGAGCACCAUCGUCGUAACUUGGGACACUUUCGCGUCCCUUCAAGAUCUCUCGCUGCGCACAAGAUUCUCAAGAUUCGGCGAGGUCACGAGCGUUCGGGUGGCGAAGGGAGCAGGUCGAGCAUACAUCAAGUUUGCUAAGGCUGCCUGUGCUGCUGAAGCGGCGAACGAGGCCAACGGAGAAGUUUUGGAAGGAGUGAAGAUCAGCACGCAGCUGCGCAAGCCGUUGACGCGAUGA